ACUACACGUGCUGAGGCGUAGGGUUUUGCGUUGUUUUGUGAUAACAAAUGUGUGUGCGGUGAUUUAAAAUUGGGCAGUGGAGCUCUUUUUUACAACUUGGCUAAGGAUAUCAUGUUGAUGACCUACAUUUAACUACCACCCCACGCACACACACUCACACACACGUACAUACACAGCUGAUACCCUACUUGCGAAACUAGCACAAGCCCUUAAACGUGAAGGUCACCGAAACCGAACGCGCGGUGCAACAUCACAUGUUGCAUGUGCGGAACUACCUAAACAUAAUAAUAAUAAUAAUAUUAAUAAUAUGUUUAUGUAUACUGAAGUGUACGGAAAAGAUCCCGAAAUGCGUCACAAUAGUCAGACAACAAAAAGCUUAACAAAUAAUAACAACAAUAGUAACAGCCACAAUGAUCAACACAUUCCAUUCUGCAAUGUUGAUAAUGCAUUAAAUUAUUAUAAGAAGAAUGUCAACCUUAUUGGAGCGACGUGGAAGCUCAAAAGUCCGAGUCGUUCAUCCAAUCCAAGUCCAUCGAAAAAUAAUGUGACAGCUAGACAAAUAUGUAGAUCGAACUAUACAGUACCUACAUCAGAGUCACUGCACUACUCUGAUGCAUAUGUCAAAUCGUAUGCGCCGCGUAAGGUGUCGGGUGCAACAUCGGGGGCUAACAACAACCAUCAUGUGUAUCAACAGUUGCGACAACAACAACAACAAUCGGAAUAUUACAAUGGUCCACACCACAAGGUGCGUCAAUAUGCACACAGUAACAGUGCACCUGCCACACAGGAGAUGACCAAGUAUUCCCCGGUCUCCUUAGAAAAAGAUCAGCUAAAGCGACAGAUCAGAGCUCAAAGUACAUCCGAAUUUUUGGAUGGAGGAUCGAUGUAUUCGCAUAAUCGCAGACCUCUUGCUGUGGAGACCUCAUGGAGUUCUGUAAUCCCGGAACGCCCCUCCCGUUUCCAUUCAACAGAUCAGCAUUACGAGCAUUAUUUUUCGUAUUUUUACAAUCGUGGAAAAGAGCAAUUGCCGAAGCACACCUCCAUCGCGGUGUGCAAUUACAAACCUCAAAUGAGCUUAUUUCAAGAAACGCCGAGUAAACGCUCGUCUAACACCAACCGGAGAACUAUACCCAAUGAUAAUAACCAAAAUGUAGAAUAUGAUAGUUAUAUAUUGAAAGAGAAUAAUGAGAUGCCCUUUGGUUAUAAUGAUAGCGAUUGGAAUGACUCACCGGAUGAUGAAUGCCCAGAGAAAUUAAUAUCAAAGGGGGCGAAAGAUGACUAUAUUAUAAUUAACGAUGUCUACGAUACAAAUGAAGUUAAUGAUGAACAAUUCGAUCCAAGUAUACAAUCCCAUCGUCGCUUCGUCCAACAUAGCGAAAUUAAUGAACUGAAUACAACUGGAGAGUCCGUGACAGUUAAUAAUAAUGUUCAUAUACAGAAGAAGACGCAAAAAGCCACCGAUACUCAUAAUGCGCCUCGGUUACCAUUGACACCCAAAAGAAUUCGAGGUGGACAAACAACGACUGUAAAGAAAAUACUGCCCACUGUGCAUAGAGUUUUGUUGUACAAUAGUCAAAGUCCUCGAUUGGCACGUAAGCAUCAGUCGAGUAAUUCACGCAGCCAAAUCGUAAAAUCCCAACAUCCCAAAGGUAAUGGUCAAAAUCAUGCUCAAAGUGCUGGCGAUCAGGCGAUACAUAAAUAUAUUCUAGAGGAUCCCGAUGUUAAAGACAACGAUUGCCGUGAGGUUGACUUUGAUAACGAUGACGAUUUAGACAACAUAUCAAAUUUUGAUGAGAGCGAUACGGUUAGCGUCAGUUCCGAUACUGAGGAUGGUUAUCGGGCACACGCUUACAAAAUGGCCCAUCUAGGAGAUCGUUUAUCGUCAUCACCGAAAAACUCAACCAUAUUACUUUUAUCUCAGACGUCCGAUGAGGAUUUACGUAAUCCAGAUUCAGUACUGGUGCCAAGUCUGUUUCCUUAUGUACCGCCCUAUCUCUUCUCAUCGAACACCCAAAAAGGGCCCGAAGUGCCGCCAGAACUGCAUAGAGUGCUCAAAUGGCGUGUGACCAGCAUUAUGCCAAAGGUAGUACGUCUUAUCUUGGCCAACAGCGGAAUGCGUAUGCUCAAAAAAACCAAUGAUUGGAUGGGCGUUUGGGGCAAGCAUUUAAAGUCGCCUUGUUUUAAAACAAUUCGUUCGUAUCAAAAAAUAAAUCAUUUGCCGGGAUCUUUUCGCAUUGGCCGCAAGGAUUCCUGCUGGAAGAAUCUGCAACGACAAAUGAAGAAGCACAGCAACAGGGAGUUUGGAUUUAUGCCGCGCACCUAUGUCAUACCAAAUGAUCUGUGUGCAUUAAGAAAACGUUGGCCAAAAUAUGCUCAACGUAAUACCAAGUGGAUUAUAAAGCCGCCAGCAAGUGCACGUGGUGCUGGAAUACGUGUGGUAAAUCGUUGGGGUCAAAUACCCAAAAGAAGACCCUUGAUUGUACAGAAAUAUAUCGAAAGGCCGCUGCUGAUUAACGGAAGCAAAUUCGAUCUGCGUUUGUAUGUACUUGUAACAUCUGUCAAUCCGCUGAGAGUGUUCAUGUACCACAAUGGUUUAGCAAGAUUCGCUUCAGUUAAAUACAGCGCCAAGAUAGAUACUUUAAAUGAUCGCUGCAUGCAUUUAACAAACUAUAGCAUCAAUAAGUUUUCAUCCAACUACUCGAAGAAUGAGGACGUUAACGCCUGCCAUGGCCACAAGUGGACCAUCAAGUCUCUAUGGACAUAUUUGGCAAAUCGCGGUGUUCGCACCGAUGGUCUCUGGGAGGCCCUAAGAAGUCUAGUUUUACGCACAAUUUUGGCUGGUGAAAAUGGUAUAAAUAGCAUGAUACGAGCGAACGUUGAAUCAAAAUAUAGUUGCUUUGAGCUAUUUGGAUUUGAUGUGAUAUUGGACUCGGAUCUGGUACCUUGGCUAUUGGAGGUCAAUAUAUCGCCUAGCUUGCACUCGGAACUGCCGCUUGAUGCACACGUUAAAGCACCAUUGGUUCAAGGCGUGCUCAACACAGCCCUGUAUAAUAUACCACCAAAACUCACUCAGGAAAAACAAAAGGAGCUUGCUGCCGAAUUUUCAUUUCCACCUGGCACACAAAUGUGCUACGAUAAGCGUCUCUAUAUCAACUAUUUGUCACGGGAAGAAAAAAACAAGCAUAAUAAUUUUACACGCAAAACCAUGGAAAAUCGUGAAGAGUACAUCAAUGCAAUACUACAAAAGCUAACACCUGAUGAUGUGCGCUGCCUUAUUGUAGCCGAGGACGAGCUGGCACGCUGUGCACCACUUGAGCGCAUCUUUCCCACGGAUCAGACGCACAAAUAUCUAAAAUAUAAUGACACUCCUCGUUAUUAUAAUCGUCUGUUAGACGCAUGGGAGUCACGUUAUGCCAAUAAUCGUACGGAAGGCAUUGCCCUGCUCCGCGAUUAUUGUCAAUCCAAAUAUCAUUUGCAAGUUCCAGUGCCACCUGCCAAAAAGGACUUGAACGUUAGCCCUGAUGAGAACCCAAUCAAGAAGCCAGAAGGUGAACAGAGUGAAGAUUCAAAUAUAACUACAUAAGAGAACGUUCCACUCAUAUUCAAGUAACCACAGUAAAUACGAAAGAAUUUUAUUAAAACAAUUUAUUGGCAUAAGGAAAAUUGUUGUUGAAUCACGGAUUGUUCAUCUUGUUGUACAAAAGACUGAACAUAACGGAUCAUAUAUUUAUUGUUGACACGCAGAAGUAACUUGUCAUGCCUGAUGCCGGUUAUUCAAUCAAAUUUUCAUUAGGUCUAUUUUUAAGGCUCAAAGCGUGUUCAAUGUGUUCGAAAACUAAGUAAAAUUUUAUGUAAUAUUAAAUAGAAUCCAAAUUAGAAUGUGCGCAAAAUAAAAAUUUGUUAUAGGUAUCUGUUAAAUAAU